AUGAGCUCCGACUGCACCAGCUACCUGAGCGCCGACGGGACGUUGGUGAGCGGCUUCAGCUGCCCGCGGGCGGACGGCGAGGCGAGCGCCGUGUACUGCUGCGGCUUCCAGGACGUCAAGUACUGCUGCGAUGACCCCAACAGCUUCUUCCCCUACGAGCACGGCUACAUGUGGUGGCUCAGUGUUGGUGCACUUGUGGGUCUGUCGAUAGCAGCGGUGGUCCUGCUUGCUUUUAUCAUCACAGUGUGUGUUCUCUGUUACUUGUUUAUCAGUGUGAAGCCACGCAGCAAGCUGGAUACAGGUUUAAGCUUGCAGACAGCGGCAGAGAGACUAGAGGGAGUUCCUUGUGAAAUAUAUAGAGGCACUGGACUGGAUUCCCGCAGUGCUGCAAUACAGUAUGGAACUGCAUCCUUCAGAAAGCACCAGCUGAAGCAGUGCAUCUGCAGAGCCAAAUGGAUUCAGGAAAUGCUUCCUUAGCCAUAAACUGGACUGUGAUAACCAGUCCCCAGACCCUGACAGACUUUCCAGAGGUGUUUUAUGGCAACUAUAACCACCAUUAACAUCUCAGGGCAACAUGAAGCCAUGCCUAGAUACGUGUUUCUUACAGCCAUUAAUGUGCAGAUGUUGUACUGAGAGGCAAUGGUGUAUUUUGAUUUUUUUUUUUCA